AUGGGCGCCGCUAAUCGUGGGGCGCCACGGACACAGCUGGAGGGACGCGUCUAUCGUGAAGAGAGCGCCAAAGAUGAGGCACAAAUCAGGGAGGUUGAGGCGUCAUGGGUCGACGUCGAGGGCGACACACCAUGGGCACCAAGGGCGAUGCUAGAUGACGAACACAGGCAACAGAGCCCGCAAUUGGGUUCAACAAAUGCUAGGUAUGGUCAGGUAUGCGCGUCAGUGGUGUCGCGAGGCACUGGGCGUUGCCAGGCGCUUGGUGGCGGAAGUGGGCAUGGAGCUAGGAAGUCUGGGUCCCGGCUCAUGGAGCAGAGUACGCCAAAGGAUGCUAGUAUUUUCGGCGGCGCUAAUUCUAGGCAGACGAUGGAUGAUAUGGUUCAUUCAGGUAGAAACUCCAUAGAGUCAGAUCCCUCAAGGGUCUCCUAG